AUCAUCAUCAUCAUCAUCCGACCGGACGCGAAGGCUGCGAACGAAUGUUACCGAGGCUCCGGAAUCCUGAAUAGCUUUAUAGUAACGUUAGAGGAUUUAUCAACGGAGCGUUUCUAGAACUCGUUUUUAGGUGUUUAUUUAAUUAAUUACGUCUCAAAAAGAACCAGUUAAUCGCAAAACGCUCUGUUAGUUUCGGUUAGAUGUUUUUUUUAAUGCAUAUGAUAAUCAAAGGUGACGGUUUAACGUAUUAAUUUGAUUAUUUAUUUCCCGCGAGAGCCAGGAAUCAGCUCAUCGUAGUGCGUUACGUAAUAUAGGCAUUAUCCAGGGUGCUGAAACCAACCCAUGCUAGACGCCUACUAGGGAGUUUUUUUUAAAAAGGAUUCAAUUGAGAAUAUAUAUUUUGUGCUUUUAAAUACUCAAAUUCAUUCGCUCCGGUUGGAAACAGAAACGAGGAAUUGACAUUGUCAGUUUCUAGAGAGCCACCUUGGAUUCCGUCUCUUUUUUUUGUCGGCGAAUAUCAUAUGCAUUUCGGCUGUCCUUCACCCUUAAGUUGAUUCUUGAGGUGAUUGUCGACGCUACCGGGAGAAAAUGUCGGGACAGACUCUGACGGAUCGCAUCGCCGCGGCGCAGUAUCAGCUCACAGGAUCCGAAGUGGCUCGUGCCGUUUGCAAAGCCACCACGCACGAGGUGAUGGCGCCCAAGAAGAAGCACCUGGAUUAUCUGAUCUCAACCACCAAUGAGACAAACGUGAACAUCCCCCAGAUGGCUGACACACUAUUCGAAAGAGCCACUAAUGCCAGCUGGGUGGUUGUGUUCAAAGCUCUAACCACGACCCACCACAUCUGCAUCUACGGCAAUGAGAGAUUCAUCCAGUAUUUGGCCUCAAGGACUUCCCUGUUCAAUCUCAGCAACUUUAUUGACAAAACAGGCUCCCAUGGCUAUGACAUGUCUACAUUCAUCAGACGAUAUGCACGGUACUUAAAUGAGAAGGCGUAUGCUUACCGUGCGAUGGCCUUCGACUUCACUCGAGUUAAGAAAGGAGCUGAAGGAGUGAUGAGGACUAUGGCUCCUGACAAGCUUUUGAAGGCUAUGCCUGCCCUUCAGACUCAAGUGGACACACUGCUGGAGUUUGACGUUCAUCCUAAAGACUUGAAUAAUGGUAUCAUAAAUGCAGCAUUCCUGCUUCUCUUUAAGGAUCUGAUAAAACUCUUCGCCUCCUACAAUGACGGCAUCAUCAAUUUAUUAGAGAAAUAUUUCAAAAUGAAAAAGUCUGAGUGCAAGGAUUCUCUGGACAUUUAUAAGAAAUUUCUCACUCGGGUGACCAAAAUUGCAGAGUUCAUGAAAAUUGCUGAGCAAGUAGGAGUGGAUAAGAAUGACAUCCCUGACAUCUCUUAUGCUCCUACCAGUAUUCUGGAGUCUCUCGAGGCACAUAUGAACAGUCUAGAGGGCAAGAAAGGGGAAGGGUCACCCACAAAAGGCUCACCCACCAAUAACGUGUCUCCAACCUCCACUCCCGCCAAAUCAGCCGCUGCCGUCCCCACUUUAGAGCCGCCGCGUGCUGAGGCCACGCCUGCUGCUGCUGAAACUGCUACUGAUUCUCUGCUGGAUCUGGACCCGUUGUCUUCCUCUGGACCUUCUACAGGAGCAUCAGCUGCCCCCACGUCUUGGGGAGAUCUGCUGGGCUCAGAUGUGUUUGCGGCCCCUGCGGCUGAAACCGCUGCUGCUGCAGAAGGUGGGGCUGCAGCAACCACGCCCACUCCUGCUGCCGACAGCAAUGCACCAACCGAUCCCUUCACUCCAGCGGCUGGUUCUGCUGAUAACUCCCAUCAGUUGGACCUGUUCUCCAUGCAGCCAGUAGUUGACAGUAACUCUCUCUUUAGCUCAGUGGCACCCAACACCGUCCAGGCGUCUCUCUCCACAACCACCAGCACUGUAGCCCCCGCUGCUUCCCCAGCCCCGACGAUAGACCUGUUUGCUGGCUUUUUUGAUCCCAUGCCAGACUCAUCUGUUUCCAAAACAGACCCAAACCCCAGUCUAGACCUGUUUUCAGCAGAAUCUGCAGGUGCUGGAGAGGCCAAACCAGCCGCAGCAGCUGCUGGAGGAGAUCUGAUGUCAGCUUUUGAUGGAUUGGGUGAUGUGCUCAUGCCAGCUAUGGCUCCACAGGCAGCAGGGGCCACCUCACCGGUCAAACCCAUGGGAGGAGAUCUGGACUCAGCUAUGGCCAACAUGACCAGCAAUUUGGCAGUGGGGAACCAGAAACCGGGUGAAGCAGCUGGAGGGGCGAACUGGCAAGCGCAGGUACCCACCCCUAGCUGGGGCGUUACCAUGAAUUCCCCUCUAGGGGUCUGUCCUGUCAUGGGAUCCCCGUCAACGUUUGGCAUGCCUGGUGCAGGAGCUGCUCCCAUGAUGCCUGGCUCACCGAUGAUGAGACCACAGUUUCCCGCACCAGGAGCCCCUGGACAACCGAUGUCUCCAGGAAUGGCCCAGAGUCCCAGGAAGCCUCCCCCUCCUAAAGACCCUCUCGCUGACCUCAAUAUCAAAGACUUCAUGUAGAUGAGCAGCUGGUUUGUCACACUUAUUGUGCAGCCCUGAUGAAUCAGACGUGUGUAUUCUCUCUUCCAUUCAUCACAUUCAGGGACUCCAGUCCCUCCUUUUAUCCCUUUCCCUUCCCUGUCUGUUUUUGUAGCACAAACCGUGAACGUGAAUAAGUAUGUGUGUGUACAUGUGUUUGUAUUUCAAUGUUCUCAGUUACUUCAGAUAUAUAUAUAUAUAUAUAUAUAAAUUUAAAAAAGUACUAUGAAACAUGAGAAUGGCAGAUGCAUUCUUGAAUGUGCCUCUGCAGGUCUCUUGAUAGAUGUGCAUUCAUUUUUCCUGGCUCGCUUUCAGUGGGUAAUCAAAUCAAAAGUGUGACGUUUUCUGUGGAAAAUGUUUUUUUUUUUUGCUGUGGUUAAUAUCACUGGGCCGGUCUUUGUCAUCAUCAGUCGAGUAUGAGUCAUCUUUUGACCAUGGAAGAACUUCUGAGGGAACAACAUUAACGUAUUGAGCGUAAUGAUAGUGUCUCACACACUGUUUGAUUUUUAUCAAUGCCCUGAUUUGAUUUUUUUUCGUAUCUAUGAAUUGUGAGUUACAUGCAAAAUGUGGCUAUUUGAUGAAAAUACAUAUGCAUUUUAAAAUAUUUUAAUAGACAGAUUGUUUUGAAUAUCCUUAGUCUUUAUUUUGAGAUAAAAAUGCUGAAUAUAUUUUAGCUAUGUCAGAAGUUUACUUUGCAUACUACAUGACUAGUUAGUAAUCCCAUUUAUCCCAUUUGGCACAAGACACAAGGCACUGAGCUGAGUCCUGCUAGUAUGUACAGUGUAAUAUCGCAGCAAGUAGAUCCUCUGUUGUGUAAAGGGGACGCCGGUUAGCCAAAUCAGAUUCUAUCAGGAGCAAGUUAACCUACAUCUUAAUCAACAUAUCAGGAAUAGUUCGACCAAAAAUUACAAUUUGCUCAAAAUGUUCUCACCCUUGGAUCAUCCAAGAUGUAGAUUUGUUUGUUUCCUCAUCAGAACAUAUUUGGAGUAAUGUAGCAUUACAUCACUUGAUCAAUUAUGGAUGCUCUGCAGUGAAUGGGUGCCAUCAGAAUGAGAGUCCAAACAGCUGAUAAAAACACCACAAUAAUCCACACCACUUCAGGCCAUCAGUUAAUGUGAAGACAAAACCAAGGACCAAAUCCAUCAUUAAGAUGGAUUUAACUUCAAAAUGUCAAAAUAUUAGUCUUCCAUUUAUAAAAUUGCUUUCUCUAGUGAAAGUCAUCUCAUCUGAAUCAGGAGAGAAAUAUGCAUAUAUGAAACAGUUCUAAACAAAUGUGUUAGUGUGUUUUAAUGUGGGAGGACAACAGGAGAUGGACCUUUUCAUUGGAGGAAGCUUUAUUUUGGAUUAUGGACUAUUUUGGCUUGGUUUAAAGUUAAAACUCCUGGAUCAUGGAUUUUUUAAUUUCACAAGAAAAAAUAUUAAUGUAAUAAUGUAUUGGAGUGGUGUGGAUUAUUGUGAUGUUUUUAUCAGCUGUUUGGACUCAAUCUGAUGGAACCUAUUCACUGCAGAGGAUGGUGAGGAAGUGAAGUAAUGCUACAUUUCUCCAAAUCUGUUCAAAUGAAGAAACAAACUCAUCUUCAUAUUUGAUGGCCUCAAAUUUUUUUUAUAUUUUUCAAUUUACUCUUUCUUUAAAAUAGGACUGAAUAUACCUGGCUGCCUUGUGUUUUGUUGUAUUGCAAGUGAGUGUGUUAACAAUUCUAUUUGCUACAAGUAUCACGGAUAUAAAAGGGACGAAUGGCAGUUUCGUGGAACAGUAUUGCAUUUUAUUGAUGUCUGUUUUUUAUUUUAACUGAACAUUUUGUUGAUAAAUUUUAUUUUUGGAUGGAAUAACACCCUCUGCCCCUCCCACCUUUGUGCAUGUUAGUCUCGUUGAAAUGCAAUAAACAGUGAUCUGGAGAGAAA